CAGGAGUUGCAGGGACGGCUGGGAUAGAAGAUGGCGCCUGGGUAUCGGCUCGACACACUUAUACCCUUCAUAUUUUGACCAUUUUCCCUGUGUUUCCCUGGCGCUGUGACCCUGAGGGCUUGAGAACAACCCCUGCAGACCCUGGGGGAGGAUGUGACACCCCCUGGGGAGCAAAAUAACCCCUGGGAAGCGAGAUAUGAGCCGUUAAAAUAGGCACAACUGCAAGAUUUUUGAGGUGUGAAGAGGGCGGUAGCACCACCACCACCACCACCACCAUGCACAACAACAACAACAAUAACAAUAACAACAACAACGCCCACAACAACACCACCACCACCAGCACCACCACGAACAACACCACCAACAGCCACCACCACAGCAGCCACCACCACAACAACAACAACCGCCGCCGCAAGAAGCGCCCCUCGUAUGGCGUGCGCACGGUGGAGAUCACCAAGGGGCGGAAGGGGUUCGGCUUCACCAUCAGCGGGCAGGGGCCGUGCAUGCUGUCCUGCAUCGUGCCGGGGUCACCGGGGGAGCGGGCCGGCCUGCGCCCCGGGGACUACCUCAUCGCGGUGAACGGCCAGAACGUGAGCAAGGCGGCGCACGAUGACGUGGCGCGGCUGAUCGGCGCCUCCAAGCUGCUCAAGCUGCAGAUCGCCGAGAACUACUACUCUGACUCCUCCGACGACGAGUUCGUGACGGUGAGCCGCCCCAAGCCCAAGUACCCCAACAGACUGCGCCACAAGAGCCAGCAGACCCGCGCAGAGAAGGUGGUGCGCGACCUGCAGAGCGGCGCCAUCUUCAGCGAGCACGCCGCCCUUCACCUUGGCGAGGCCGCCCUGCUGGACCGCGACGCAUGGCCCCCCAAGGCGCCCCUCACACCCACGCCCAAGUCUGACCCCGCACCCCCUCCUGCCGCGCCCUCCACCUCACCCACACGCCUUCGCCCUGACCAGAUCCAUCUCGUCAUGGCUGAGGCACGCCAGGCCGCACGCACACCGCGCCCCCUCAAGGAACCCCAGCCCCAGGCACCGCCCCCCCAGCCCGUGGCACCCCCGCCCCAGGCGCCGCCCCAGCCGCAGGCGCCGCCCCAGCCACAGACCGCGCCACUGCGGCCGCGCCACCUAGCCAAGAAGAAGGACAAGUCUCCCAAGGCCAAGCUGAGGCAGCACGGCGGCGAGGCGGGACGCCCCCUGCCACCCCAGACACCCCAGCCCCCGCCCCUUCAAGCGCCACAGGCACCGCCGCAGCCCCAGGCGCCGCGGCAGCACUCGCCGGCACCGCAGCCACAGCCACAAUGGGUGGAGGUGGGCGGCGGGCCGGCCCUGGAGGCGUACAGCGGCUUGACGGAGCAGGAGCUGCAGCAGCUGCUGUGCCCUUCGCUGGCGCCGCCCGGUCCCGGCGUGGGCGGCGGGGUGUGUGCGGGCCCCGGGGCGGGUGGCGUGGGCGGCGCGGGUGGCGGCGCGGCGCUAUACCGCGCGGUGGUGGGGUACCUGGGUACCAUCGAGAUGCCCAAGGAGCCAGCGGGCGGGUCGCGGCUGGCGGCCAUCAGGAGCUGCGUGCGGCGGCUGCGCAUCGAGAAGAAGGUGCACACGCUGGUGCUGAUGUCGGUGUGCGCAGAGCGGGUGGUGCUCACCAGCCCGCACGGCCUCACGCUGGCCCAGUACCCCGCGGACCGCAUCACCUUCUGCGGCGUGUACGCGGACGACAAGAAGUUCUUCGGGCUGGUGACGGUGCACGGCGCGGCGGGCGACGACCUCAGCGACGGCUCCCACGACGGUGGUGGCGGCGACGGCAGCGGCGGCAGCGGCGUGGGCAGCACGUCCUCGUCGUGCCACGUGUUCAUGGUGGACCCACGCAUGGUGCUGCACGCAGACCACGCCCGCCGCGCCAAGAACUUCCGUCUGGAGUGCACGCCGCGCCCCGACGCCGCCCAUUGCCAGGAGUUCCCUGAGAGCGCCGACCCCAUCCUGCACGCCAUCCUGGGCUUGUACCGGGGCAGGGCGGGGCCGCUGGAGGGCGGGGCGCCGGGGCUGGUGGACGUGGAGGCGCAGCUGUCCCCACACCACUCCAACACCUCCUCCAACUCCUCCAACUCAGACUCAGGCAUCGGCUUCAGAGACGAGGGGGGCGCCCACCCCUACCACCACCACCACCACCACCACGACCGCGUCUUUGUGGUGGAGGUGGACGACGGCCAGCGCCUCCGACUGCAGAACUUCCCCGCAGCUGCCGCUGCCGCCACAGCAGCCGCACCACGACCCGCGCCCCUACCCGAAACCCUGCGCGCCGCGCUGGAGCCCCUGCCGCUGAGGGGUGGGGGUAGCAGUGGCGGCGGCGGCGGCGAGGCGCACCGCGGUCUGCUGGAGGCCCACCGGCCCGCCCUGGAGGGGCUGCGCGGCGUCGACAACCUGCGGGUGGUGGACAAUCUGCGCGGCGGCCUGCGCGGCGCCUUGGACGCCCACCGCCCCGCCAUGGAGGCCCUGCGGCCGCCGCUGGAGGGGUUGCGGCCUGGCCUGGAGGUGCUGCGGGGCGGCGAGGGGCAGCGGGGGGGCGGGGAGCUGCACCGGAGCGACAACGUGCGCUGUGCUGACCCACACCGUGGCGACGGCCUCAGGGUGGGCGUGGACUCACACAGAGUGGGCGUGGAAGCACACAGGGUGGGCGUGGAACACCGCGUGGGCGUGGAACACCGUGUGGGCGUGGGCGUGGACAGCCAUCGAGUGUGUGUGGAGGGACACCGUGCGGGUGUGGAGGGACACAGGGUGGGCGUGGAGGCACACAGAACUGCCGCGGAAGUGCAUCGCGUGGGCGUGGAGACACACAGAGUGGGCGUGGAGACUCACAGGGUAGGCGUGGAGAACUUACGGUGCCUGGAGGGCCACCGAAUGGGUGUGGGCGUGGAGGGGCAGCGGGCGGGCGUGGAGAACCUGCGGUGCGUGGAGGGCGGGCGGUGUGUGGUGGGCAGCGAGGCGCUGCGCUGCGUGGAGGUGGUGCACCGCGCCGGCCUGGACAGCCUCAGGGCGGGACUGGAGGGCACGCGUGCCGGCGCGCACGUGCACCUGGGCGCGCUGCCCCUGGAGGGCGCGCUGCGGCCCGGCCUGAGGGAGGAUGGCGUGGAGCUAGGCGUGGUGGACGCCGGCGAGGCGGGCGGCGGCGCCAGCAGCGAGGGCGAGGGCGAGGGCGAGGCGCCGCGCACGCCGCCCCCACAGCAACAGCAGCAGCAGGCGGGGCAGGCGCCACAGACACCGCAGCAGCAGCAGCAGGGCGGAGAUGAGGAGUGCGGGCGGCUGACGGUGCGCGCUAUGCCGGACCCAGUGGGGUUCCAGCGGUCCCCCGCCACGCCCUCGCCCGCCGCGGUGGCGUCCAUGCGGCACAGCAUGCACAAGUACCUGCAGCACAAGGCGCAGCACCUCGUCAAGGUGUCCCAGAAGAUCAACAGGCGCGAGAGUGACACGGGCGGCGCCCACCCCCCGCACCCCCACCCACACCCCCACCCUCACCCCCACCCACACCCACACCAGCACCCACACCCUCACCCCCUCAGCGUGCGGGCCUUCUCUCCCUCUCCCUCUCCCGCCGUGGGGGGCGCCACCACCCCGGGCGUGGCGUGCGGCGUGGGGGCGGUGUCGCCUGGCGCGGCGCGGGAGCUGGAGCUGUCCCUCAAGCUCCCCAAGGUCUUCGGCGUGCCGCCCGCGCCCCUCAGGCCCCGCGCGCCCUCUGAGCGAUCUUACACGCGGUCCCUCGAGGACCUUCGCGACUCCUCCACCAGUGACGGCGUGGGCGCGGCGCCCCUGGGCGGCGGCGCGGGCGGCGGCUCCUUCAGGGAUGGGUCUGAGAGUGACCACGGGCUGGACCGCCUGCGGCACUCCGGCCUGGCGCCCCUGGCCCCCCUGGCACCCCUGGCACCCCUGGCACGCCUCCUCCACGCCUCGGAGACCAACCUGGCCCGCUACCCGCCACACCUCUACCCCGCCGAGCCGCCCCGCGGGGCAUUCCGUGCCGUGCAGCCCCGCGCGCGUCGAGACGCCACCACCGUGCUGCCAGUGGGCGUGGUGCCGCGCAUGGGCGGGCUGGUGGGCGUGGGGGUGGGCGUGGGCGUGGGCGAGCCGCUGGACUCAGGCGACGAGCACACGGAGACCACGGAGAACACCGGGGAGCAGGAGGGCGGCAGUCAGGACGUACACCCGCCCACGCAGGACGAGUUCUCUCACGACUCAGACUCAGAACAGCAGGUGGACGGAGGAGGAGGAGAUGGCAAGAAAUGGAUUAGAAACAGCUCUCUCCGCAGACACUACCAAUCCGAGCACUGUGUUGACGCCCCCCACUCCGACACUGAGCUGGGCAAGAUCUCUGCACCCCAUAGUCUACUGGAUGGGGAGUGUGUGUCAGUUGGCGGCAGCAGCAUGACCUCCGAAAGGGCCAUCGACGUGGGUCAGGUUGGGUCCUGGGCCACUUCCUUCGAAAAACUACUUGAAGACCAGGCUGGACUUCACACGUUUGCUGAGUUCCUGAAGAAGGAGUACAGCCACGAGAACAUCUACUUCUGGACAGCGUGUGAGAGAUACAAGCGUUUAACUUCGUCCGAUGAAUUACGAUCAAUGGCAAGGCAAAUUUUUGAGCGCCAUUUGUAUAGUGGUGCCCCUGAGCCUGUAAAUGUGGACUCGCAGGCUAGGCAGGAUGCGCAGGACGGCCUACACCUUCCCAAUGAGUCUCUGUUUGCCCAGGCACAGAAGCAGAUUUUUAACCUCAUGAAGUUCGACAGUUAUUCCCGAUUCCUCAAGUCCUCUUUGUAUCAAGAGUGCCUGGCUCUGGAGAUGAGGGGCCAGCCACUUCCCUACCCUGGUGACGACUCCCUUGAUCCUGAUCUUAGAAUUGGAGCGGAGGAUUCACAUGUUAAGCUGAAAAAGAGCCGAUCGGACGCAGAGGAGAGGCGUCGGAAGUCCUUGUUACCUUGGAAUCGGAAAGAUCGCAGCAAGAGCAAGGCGGGGGAGGCAGAGUACCGGAGAAGGAAGAAGAGCUCAAGCCACAGCCACAGCAGCACACACACCGCACACACCACCCACCGCAACACCUCAGACUCAUCCUCCCUGCGCUCAGACAUCAGUGGCAGCAGGACGUCCUUAAACUCCUCAGAUCUGCCUUUAGGACGCCGCGCUGCUUCCAGAGAGUCCCUAACCUCGGGGGACCAGGGGAGUCUGAGUGGGGGGGAGGGGGGUGCCAGGAGUGCCAGAUGCCGUGUGAUGCUUCCAGACUUAACAAACUCUGUGGUCCCAAUCAAGAGUGGAGAGACUGUGCAGGCUGUGAUGUGCAGGCUGCUGGAGCGGAGAGGGCUGACCUACUCCACUUAUGAGGUCUACCUGCACAAGACUGACAAGCUGCUAAACAAGAAGGAAGACAGUGCUAUCCUGACAGGCUGUGAGGUUCGACUGGAGCAGAGAGUUUUUUUUCAAUUAGACCUACCUUCUCAUAAAACGGUCUGUAUUAAAGCUAAGCCUACCAAGACUACCGGGGAAGUCCUUAAGCCUAUCCUGCACAAAUAUGGAUUCAAAUUAGACCUCCUACAUAUCCAUAAGGACGGCGAGGAGAAAGCAGUGAAUCUGAAGUGUUCUGUGACAGACAUUGACGGCAUCAGACUUGUUGUGCAGACCAAAGAGGAGGUGAAAGAGUGGGGGGUGGAGCCGGGGCGGGCGCGGCGUCGGGGGGCGGUGGGGGCGGGAAGCAGCGCCACCCUCGAUGAGAUCACUAAUCGAGUAUUUCAAGAUCUAAGGAACGGAAAGACUGACCACCACUUCGAUGACAUGGGGGUGUUGGACCUUGACGCACGCUCUUCCAGGACGGACAGUAGUGACAAGUCUUCGGGUAUUCUUGGAAGCUUUAGCAGAAGAAACUCCUUUGGUCCCGACAAGGACCUGCUGAGUAAGGGGCGGAAGACGAGAGGCAGUGUGCACGACAGCCUGGCUCUCUUCUCCCACUCAGAACACCACUCCCUCAUGGCCAAGAGGCGUGGUGGUGGUGGUGGUGGUACUCCCAUGCAGAACAAGCAGGAGAAUGAUGAACUGUACGAGGGGCUAAAGCGUGCGCAGAUGAGCCGUUUGGAUGACCAGAGAGGAACCGAGAUUAAUUUUGAGCUUCCGGACUUCCUUAAAAACGACCAACCGCAGAUUACUAACACAGAUUUAUAAGCAUGGGGACAAGGCUCUCUCUCUCUCUCUCUCUCUCUCUCUCUCUCUCUCUCUCUCUCUCUCUCUCUCUCUCUCUCUCUCUCUCUCUCUCUCUCUCUCUCUCUCUCU